AUGACCGGAUUGGCUCCACUGCGCAAGAGCGCACGCACCAAGGACCGCGAAGAGCGUGCCGCAAAGGGCAAGAAGCCGCGUGUCGACAAACGCGGCCCUCCUCCCCCUUCCCCCAAGCGCAGGAAGCGUGAGCCCAAGGGUCCUUCCAUCGACUGCUCCAAGAUGCUCCUCGACAGUGCUGCGUAUCCUCAUAUCGUAGAGGCCAUCCUCGAGAACGCGUCGUACGAGGUACUCCUCGCGUUUCGCCAGACCAACUCGCAGUUCCAGCAGGCCGCGGACGUCCGUCUCUUCUUCAACGUCACGGCCGCGUUUGACUACGACCACGAGUACGGCAGUGACGACUGUCGGAGCAACCUCACUCUUCCCGCCCGCCUCAACGGUCCUCUUGGACCUCUGCCUGGACUAAAGCCUCUGUUAGCGCCACCCAAGGGCCGUGCGGAGCGCGCCCGUCGCAAGGAGCUUGCGAGCAAGGUUAGAAUGGUCGACUACUGGGCACCCCUCGUGGACAAGCAACUGCUCUUGGCCAUGGACAACGUCAUUCUUUUGCGUCGAGCGCAGACCUACCCUGAAUGUCCCAUCCGAGCCGCCCACAUUGUCGAGUUUAUUGAGAUCGUCCCUGCCUGUCCGCGAUACAUGCAGAUCGGCAACGUGCCCGACGGCACUUUUCAGUUGACCGUCAACAUUGACGUCAACGAGGACUGUCUCCUGCCCACUGUCCUGGCGCCCCAUUCUCUCCCCAAGAGCGUGAGAGCCGUCAAGCUCGUGUUCAACACUACGUCAGCGGAACACUACUGGCGUACACACCGCGACGCCACGCCGCCCCAGUGGGGCUUUGGAGGGAUGGACGACGCGUUUCACCAAGACCUCUCGUUUGCCGUCCCAAUCCGUCCACAGGGUGGCAUGUUCCUCGGAGGCGCCCUGGAAGAUGGCGGUUCUGAAGAAGAAGAAGAUGAAGAAGAAGAAGAAGAACACAGCGACAAUGAGAGUGACGGCUUGUUGGCUGCGGCAGGCUACCACGUCGGCGGCGACGACGAGGACGAAGACGGCCCCGAUAUCUAUGACGAUUUAGAUGACGACGGCGAGGACUUUGAUUCGUCCGAAGAGAUGGAUGAGGAUGACGACGGUGGCUGGGGUGUGCCCCAUAACGAAGACUAUGGCUUCUUCGACGACCGGUUUGGCCUUCUCGAGCCCCUCGUCCGCGGUUUCUGCUACGACCUUGUUGCCCACGCCAUCAGAGACGACGUUCCGCGCAUGUACCACUUUGUCAACCUCGAGGGACUGCCGCGUGACGCGCUCAACAUGACGCCCGACAGCACCGAAGCCGAGGUCCGCGACAAGUUCAAGGAAUGUGUCCGCAGGUCCCUCCGUGAGCUGUUCGAGAUGACCGAGGACCACGCCACCCUCAUCGCGGCGUUCUUCAUGGCCGAGUCUCUGGACGAUGUGAAGGAGGCCGAUGGCGAGGUCAUGGCCGAGAUGAUGAUCCAUCGCAAGACCAAGUAUGACGACUAA